AUGGUGCCCGUUGCCGCCGCUUUGGGCAGCCCGACGGCUCUACAUCAUCAAACCGAGCUUCCGACCGCCCUCGUUCAUCUGAGUGGUCCUCCUGGUCGUCGAGUUCCGGCCCGAGCGCUGAUCGAUGCGUGCUCCGAGGUUACCGUCAUCUCUGCGACUCUCGCGCGCCUGGUCGGCGCACGACUAGAAACCAUCGAAGCCAGCAUUUCCGGCGUCGGUGGCGAGUCCGCUGUCCGGUCCAGAGUCCGGGCCCAUCUCCGCCUCGAGCUUCCAGGGCCCGCACCACCGGUCACGCUGACAGCGCUGUGUUUGCUCAGGCUUGGCCUGGUAUACCCCUCCACCCCGCUGCACCCGGAGGCAAUCCGGCAGUGGGCUGACUGCGAGGGCCUCGCCGAUUCUUCGUUUGGCACGCCACAACGCGUUGACCUCCUCAUCGGCGCCGACUACUACCACUUGCUGCUACGACCCGGCUACACUCAACGAGGAGAAAUCGUCGGGCAGCUCACAGUCUUCGGCUGGGUAUUGGCAGGCCGUGCUGUCGGGCUCGCUCCAGGUACGUCAGCCGUCUGUGCAGCUGCCCAAUCCGACGUGGCUCCGCCUUGGCACAACGAGCUAACCGCUCUGCUACAGUGGUUCUGGGAGAUGGAGGAUCUUCCUCAGGCUCACCGCCGCUCAGAUGAGGACAUCGAGUGCGAGCGUGCUUUCGCAGACCACCGACGCGCCACGGACGGACGGUACAUCGUGCGCCUCCCGCUGAAGGGCAGCGGUUCGCUUCUUCUUGGCGACAGUCUUCAGAGCGCCAAGGCCUCCUUGGCAGCCCUGCAACGCUGGCUUCGGCGAAGCCCCGAUAUGGCUGUGGAGUAUAGUCGAUUUAUGGCUGACUAUCUCGCGAUGGGCCACAUGCGCCCGCUCACCAGCGCUGAGCUUGCAGCUACAGCUGGGCCUGUCAACUACAUCCAUCAUCAUGGCAUCUGGCAGCAUGCUGAUCGCGGGCGCAAGCUCCGAGUAGUCUUCAACGCGUCCAACCCGACUUCCAGUGGCCACAGCUUGAAUGACGUCCUCCACGCUGGACCCAGACUCCCAGCCGCGCUCCCAUCGGUGAUCAUGCGCUGGCGGCGGCACCGCAUUGCCUUCUGCAGCGACAUCCGCAUGAUGUUCCGGCAGAUUUGGAUCGACUACCGUGACGUCAACCUGCAGCGGAUCGUCUGGGCUGCCGAUCCCAGCCAGCCUCCAACCCACUACCAGCUGCUCACUGUGACUUACGGCGAAUCGUGCUCGCCUUACCUGUCGCUGCGUACCCUCCAACAGCUAUGCCAGGACGAAGGCCACAACUGGCCCGAAGCUGUGUCAGCCGCCCUGUGUGACCGCUACGCCGACGACUUUCUCUCCGGGGCCGACGACGUCACCGCGGCUCGGCGCCUCCGCGACCAGCUGAGCGGGCUCAUGAAGGCCGGCGGCUUUCCCCUGCGGAAGUGGGUGGCCAAUGUCCGCGAGCUGCUCGACGAUCUGCCUGACGACGUCCGCUUACGUCCGACCUGGGAGCAGCUCAGCGCUGAAGGCCUCGUCAGCGAGCUCGGGGUCAAGUGGGAUCCACCGUCGGACUGCUUUCAGUUGACGCCUCCACCACUCCAGCCGCAGAGCACAAAGCGGACGAUGCUCGCGGCGCUCGCGGGUCUGUUCGACCCAUGCGGCUGGCUCGCGCCGAUCGUGUUGAAUGCCAAGCUCUUGCUCCAGGAUCUCUGGCGCGCCAGACUGGGCUGGGACGAGCCUGCGCCGAUCUCAAUGACUCGCCGAUGGGCGGAAUUUACCGCCGAGCUCCAGGCCAUCUCCACCUUCACCUUACCGCGCUGGAUCGGAGUUGGGCCUUCUUCCGAGCUUCACCUGCACGGCUUUUCGGACGCCAGUCGCCGCGCGAUGGCAGCCGUCAUCUACUCUCGCCUCGCGCCCGGGGCUGGGCCGGCGCUCUGCCACAUUCUUCUGGCUCGGACGAAGCUCUCGCCGAUUCGCUCGCUCAAGCCGGCACCAGAGACAUCCGCGCGCAUGACGAUUCCGCGCCUCGAGCUCCGCACCGCACUGAUUGCCGCCAAGCUCCUGCGGACCGCUGCCGACGAGCUACGCGUACCUGUCGACCGCUGUCACGCAUGGUGCGACUCACAGAUCGUUCUGCACUGGCUGCGUUCCGACAGGCCAACCAACAACGUGCUGAUCGACAACUAUGUCGCCCAAAUCCAGGAAAUGCUGCCUUCGAGUGUCUGGCGAUACGUGCCGACCCAGUCAAAUCCAGCCGACCUCGCGACCAGAGGUGCCGACAUGACCGGCCUUCGCUCGCAGCGCACUUGGUGGGAGGGCCCCGCUUGGCUCGCUGAGGACGUCGACUCGUGGCCCCUAGACCCGCUCCCCGCACCGAACCAGCAUUCAUCCAUCUGCUGCGUAGUGCAGCAGCUCGACGCCAGCUACCUCGAGCAAUUCUCCAACUUACGCAUGCUACUAAGCUUCCUUGUACGCAUUCGUCGAUUCGUCUGGAGCCGCUUGGGCAGGGGCCCCAUGCUUUCGGUCGCUUCACCUCUUACGCCGACCGAACUCCACGACGCUUUUCUUGCAUGUGUACGCCUCAGCCAGGAGAAAUCAUUUUCGGACGACCUCCAGUGUCUUCGACGGGGCGAACGUCUGCGGAACACGAACCCCUUGGUACCGUUAGCAGCCUUCCUCGAUGACGACGGGAUUCUGCGCGUCGGCGGGCUGCUAGAGCAUUCACCGCUGACCUACGAGGACUGGCACCCGCCAAUUCUCAGCGGCGCCUCUUCCCUCGCUUCCAUGGUCAUCGUCUGGGCGCACUCUCGGGCGCUGCACGGUGGAUACCGUGUCACCAGUGCCUCCGUCUGUAAGCGCGCUUAG